AUGGAGCAAGGGAGAAUGUUAUUUGAUGCAUCAGCUUACAUGUUGUUCGAGGCCACCGGCGAUUCCGAAGAGCAGGAUUCCGGCGCCGCGGCGGCGGCGGAGGAGGAUGAUGCGCAGUCGUGCAGCUACAGCUCCUCCGCCCGGCUCUAUGAGGCGGUUCACGGCGGCGAGGAUACUCGCGCCGCGCAAUUUGAUAAUUACUUCGGCGACGACGACGACGGCGGAGGAGGAAGCGACGAAGAGGACGGCGUCGUCGAUCAAUGCCGCUGUCGCGCGGCGGUGGAGCCGGCGAAGGGUUGCGAAGAAUCGAUGAGGAAUGAGAGAGACGGGGAUAGGCUCUUCUGGGAGGCGUGUUUGGCGUCUUAG